AACGUACCAAUUAUUGAGAUAACAUUCGAUCUCAGUUAGAAAUAUCGAUCGAGUUCAUUUUGAUACUGAGUUUUGGUCAGAGCAACAGCAUCUAUAAUGAACUCUAAUACAGUCUUUGCGGUUAUAAUUUCAGUGGCGGCCAUUGCAUUGUGCGCUCCUCCCAAGGUAUCUCAGCCCAGCUACCCUCUAUGGCCUGACCAGUUCACUCAAAACUUCACCGACAAGACCUUGUGGUUGACUGGGAGUCACGAAACAUCUGCCACGUUCAUCUACGACUUCACUAACAUGAGAUACCGACUGGACAGGGCUAAUGGUAGAUAUGACAGAUACUGUGGCACCAACGGGGUCCAGUACCAGUUCAUCAACACACCUUGCUCACACAUCGUUGUCGACGGAAACAGAUAUCUCUACUACCCGGAUGAGAGUGACUGCUGCUACUGUUGUAAUGCGGCUGCUGGUUGUGGUUUACUGAAACCCGAUUGGCUAAAUGACGCUGAGUUCAAGGGAAAUGUCACCUACACAUUUCAAGACGGAUCAACAACCGAAGCCUACAAAUGGGAGAAGGACGGAUUACAGUCCAACUUCUACUACGAGACAGUGGAGUCCAACCCUACAGACCGAGUGAUGCUCGAGAUAGAACAGGACCCUAACGAGUUUAUGUACUACGACAACAGCCGAACCCUCUCUGUGGACUCGUCCAAACUGGAUCUGCCCUCUAUCUGCUCUGUGGACAAGAAGUGCAGCACACUCAGUGUGUGCGAAGCACUGAACAACGAACACCAGCAACAUCAUGAAGCACCGAGGAAGAGUGUUCAGUUUGAUUAAUUUACCAAAGUAAUUUAAAUGGAUCACUAUGUAAAGACAUUCAACGAGAAUAAAUUAUCUAACUUCAA